UAAGAGACCCCCAGAACCGUAACUUCUGGUCAUUCUCUACUCAACGGUCUCUCGAACGAUUGGCUACGCUUCGAGUCGAGCGCUUGAAAAAUUUAUUAAGGUAAACAGUAAAUCCAAAUUAAACAUUCAAAAUGUGUGACGAUGAUGUAGCGGCCCUCGUUGUUGACAAUGGAUCCGGUAUGUGCAAGGCCGGUUUCGCCGGAGAUGACGCUCCCCGAGCUGUGUUCCCGUCGAUCGUCGGUCGCCCCAGGCAUCAGGGUGUCAUGGUGGGUAUGGGUCAAAAAGACUCGUACGUGGGUGACGAGGCCCAGAGCAAGAGAGGUAUCCUCACCCUGAAAUACCCCAUCGAGCACGGCAUCAUCACCAACUGGGACGACAUGGAGAAGAUCUGGCAUCACACCUUCUACAAUGAACUUCGCGUCGCCCCCGAGGAGCACCCGGUCCUCUUGACCGAGGCCCCAUUGAAUCCAAAGGCCAAUCGCGAAAAGAUGACCCAGAUCAUGUUCGAGACCUUCAACAGCCCGGCCAUGUACGUCGCCAUCCAGGCCGUGCUCUCGCUGUACGCCUCCGGUCGUACCACCGGUAUCGUCCUCGACUCCGGCGACGGUGUCUCCCACACCGUCCCGAUCUACGAAGGUUACGCCCUGCCCCACGCCAUCCUCCGUCUGGACUUGGCCGGUCGCGACUUGACCGACUACCUCAUGAAGAUCCUCACCGAGAGAGGAUACAGCUUCACCACCACGGCCGAGCGCGAGAUCGUUCGCGACAUCAAGGAGAAGCUCUGCUACGUCGCCCUGGACUUCGAGCAGGAGAUGGCCACCGCCGCGGCCAGCACAUCCCUCGAGAAGAGCUACGAGCUUCCCGACGGUCAGGUCAUCACCAUCGGCAACGAGAGAUUCCGUUGCCCCGAGGCCCUGUUCCAGCCCUCGUUCUUGGGCAUGGAGUCGUGCGGCAUCCACGAGACCGUCUACAACUCCAUCAUGAAGUGCGACGUCGACAUCCGUAAGGAUCUGUACGCCAACACAGUCCUGUCCGGUGGUACCACCAUGUACCCCGGUAUCGCCGAUCGCAUGCAGAAGGAGAUCACCGCCCUGGCCCCGUCCACCAUCAAGAUCAAAAUCAUCGCCCCACCGGAGAGGAAAUACUCCGUCUGGAUCGGUGGCUCCAUCUUGGCCUCCCUGUCCACCUUCCAACAGAUGUGGAUCUCCAAACAGGAGUACGACGAGUCAGGUCCCGGCAUCGUGCACCGCAAGUGCUUCUAAGCGACGACUGCAGCAAGAAGAGAUCGCGCAUAGAUCCGUGCAACAACUCGUUCUCUCGGUUCGACAACGACGACAACAAGUUGGGCCGAAUUUAUCGCUUUUU